GCGGUGCUUGACGUCAUGACGUACGCCUAGCAACAGCGCAGGCUCCCAGACUAUUCCGUUAUGGCCGCUGCAGCCCUGGGAAGGAUGAGAGGGGUUGCGCCGGCGACACUGCUCCCCGGGUGGGGAAUCCAGGCCCCUGGAGGGCUGGCGCGGCCGCCGGUCCUGGCACUCCUGCUGGCGCUGGUCUUGACUUCUGGUAUGUCGGACAGUCAGCACACAGGUCCAACUGUACACACCCUAGACGUUUCCCAUGCGAAUGCUUUAAAAGGUGAACAUGAAAGCACACCUUCUAAGGCCCACGUCACCACCACUCUCCCUCCCCCGACUGCUACUGAGAAGAGCAGGGCACCCACGGCAGCGCCCCGUCCCCCGCCGACCUCCUCUCCGCUCCCGGAAGAAGCUGAAGACCAUGAAGACCCGAGCCUGGAGGAGGACGAGGGCCUCCUCACACCCAAUAGCCCCCCGUCCCCAGUCAAAGACCCUCUGGACAACGGCGAUUACGGAGAAGCGGACUAUGACUGGACCACCAGCCCCAGGGACGAGGAGUCCGAUGAGGCUCUGGAAGAAAACAGGGGUUACGUGGAGAUCGAACAGUCAGUGAAGUCUUUUAAGUCUCCAUCCUCCGAUGUCGAAGAGGAAGACAGCCAUUUCUUUUUUCACCUUAUUAUUUUUGCUUUUUGUAUUGCUGUCGUGUACGUGACGUAUCACAAUAAAAGGAAGAUUUUCCUCCUGGUUCAAAGCAGAAAAUGGCGUGAUGGCCUUUGCUCUAAAACAGUGGAAUAUCAUCGUCUGGACCAGAAUGUUCAUGAGGCGAUGCCUUCUCUGAAGAUUACCAAUGAUUAUAUUUUUUAAAGCACUGUGAUUUGAGUUUGCUUAUUAUGUAAUUUUAUUUGCUUGAUUUUUUUAUAUGAUAUUGUGCAGGUGUUUUUUCCAUAGCAGUUGGUACUUAAAUGAGAGGCAGCUCUCUCUCUUGCCUUGGUGCUUUGGAAAUUAAAUGUCACAAACAGGAGUAUAUAAUUUUUUAUCUACACUUUUAGAGCUGAUACACCCAGGUGUCCCAAAUCAACUGGAAAUGACUGUAUUUUAAUGUUAGCCUGUCUUUCUGUCAUGGAAAGGAUUGAUCAGUAUGUAAAUGUGUGAUUCGAACCGCGAUUGACUUUCCGGUGUCGCCGCGGCUCUCAGAGGCCAGGACCUCUGCCGAGGUGCGCUGAAGCCGGGUGGCGCCCACGCUGUGUGGCGGUGGGAGAAGCAGUGGUGGCCUCCUCGGUCUCUGCGUGACGGUCCACAACGCAAAUACACCUGAACUGUUUUAUUGCAGGAAUUUUUCAUAUCUGAAAUUGUAUUAUUUAAUAUUUUGAAUAAGAUUUUAAAAAAUAAAUGGCAAAACUGUAAA